AUGCGAACCCUCGAAAUUUACGACCAUGUUGCCGUCAAACAGAAUUCGAGCCUGUACGGGACAGUGGUCGGGACGAAUACCGAUCCACUCGAUUCGCUCGAAGAUGAGUUGAUAAUAGCACACACAGAAGUCCCUCCGGACAUUCUUAACAACUUCGUCACAACAAGCGUACCACCCCUGGGUUAUGUCUUCGUCCGCUUUGCCGACGAGGCUACUGGCAGUGCUCUAGUAGCAGAAGAUGAUCUGGUCCUAUUGAGCCGAGCGUUCCAGGUGGGUGACAAUGUAAAACGAGAUGGAAGUAGCAUGACAGGUACCGUCAUCGAUGUUGAUGAGAAAUACACCCUCGAACCCAUUGCCAGCAGGAAAGACGUGGCCCAGUUGCUCUCCAUCAACACGACAUUUCCCACCUGUACACCGCCACGCGCAACGCACCUUCCUUUCUUCCACCCAAAUCCACACGCACUUAUCUACGACGUGCCCUCCCGCGAGGUCAUACGAGCACAGGACGUUGGAAAGGACGAGUACAUUAUAUCAAAUGGCUGGGUUGGCUUAGUUGAUGAUGCGGAGUACAACGUGGUCAUUGGAUUGGAAAAUGAGUCCAUCGUGGUGGUCAACAGCAUCAACUGUCUGCAUAUACCCGUGCCUGACCAUGGGAAGCCUCUGGUGGCAUUGCCGGAGUCCGACGGGUUUAAGAGACCUGACAUUCUGGUUGCCACUCAAGGAUGGGCAAGCACGAUCCCUGUCCAGGCACCGCGCCCUGGUCAUUUUGUGAUUAUUGACCGAAGGCGGCUUCGAAAUUCAAAAUGGCUUCGUGGAGCAUAUGAUCCAAAAUGCCCUUCACAAGGCGUUGUACUUGAUGUCAGAGCCCGUGAGAUCGCCGUAGACUGGCUGUCCAGGUACCCUGGGACUGGGGAUGACGCUGGAUCCAAAGAGCAAUCCCCCCCUCCCUACGAAAUCGGGCUCUACACAGGCGGUCAACACUUUGGCGAGCAGAUGGACCUGAUGCGACGGGUUGACGUCACGCCCUACAACCGCGGAAGAAUGCCGGCGAAGAACGUGAACGGUGUUCAAAAUGGCGCGAACCAGGAAGCCGAAGGCACGCAAGAUCUCUUUCCAGGGCAGGAUCUUGCAAUUGGAACUCAUGUCAGGUUUCGAGACACAACGGCAGCAGCAGUCAAAUAUCAAGGCAGUGGCGACACAUCACACGGGAAGUUUGUCAGAGUGACUUCCGGGACAUUUGAUGGAUGGGACUUCAACGAGUUCAGAGUCGUACAUAUGCAACAGAACGCAACAAUUUUGUGGCAAGAUGGCACGACCACUACAAUGGACUCGUCUCUCUUGCACGACCAUGGUCUUUUUGAAGCGGAGCUGGCGCCUACGGACAUUGUCUUCAAGCGAGAAGGAAUGCGCCAAAGAUCCGUCGGCAGAAGAGGUGCCGAAGCCGCCAUCAAAGAUUUCGACGAGAUGAUGUUCUUCGAGGGACCUCAUGACCUUUUGCCAGAGAAGGUAGGAGUUGUCCAGAUGGUGGAUCACGACGAAAGAGUAGCACGUGUCCGUUGGUAUAAGGAACCAAAGAUUGAAAUACGCGCUGCAGGUCAGAUACUCGCUCCAGACUCCCAAUUUGGGCUGAUUGGAGAUGUGACUGAGGAUGUUUCUCUUUAUGAGAUCUUGUCUUUUCCUGCAUUAGCACGGCGAAGAAGAGAUAUGUGCGUCAUUGCUAAUCCUGAAGACGUCUCCAGACGUCUUGAACAACAGCAUGGAAGGAGUGCUACUAGUAAAUCUUUCCCAGAUGUAACGGCAAAACCAUCUCGACGUCCCCAGUUCGGUGAUAUGAGGUGGCAGAAAUCCACCCAGGAGGGAUGGUCCCAAGAUGUCGAGUGGAUUGGCGAGAUCGUUGCCUUGGGUCUUGACGGCGCGGUCACUGUACGUCUUGGGGCCGCGGAGCAUUGUCGUGAUGUCUGUAUCGAACCUGACAGCAUUUUGGCUAUCCUUGACGACAAGGAGCAUCAGGAAAUCAUAAGUAACGAUAUGGACUCAUGGGCAGACCAAGACUCGCUCUGGUCAGAAACGCCCAGCGUGGAACCCAUAGCUGAAAGUGUCGAGUACGAAGGUGGUGAAAGGCUGGACAAUGACAGUGGAGACGACAAUUGGGUUUCCGACGAAGACGUGGAUUUCGUUGACGCCGAGGAGAACUUGCCAGAGGACGAAAAUAUUGACAUGAGAGACGUGAUCGCGGCAGACAUGGCACGCGCCCGAACCUUCGCGAUCGAGCCUCAGCGCUCCGUUAGCCAGCUGAAGACGGAACUCCCAUCUGAAACACCGCCGCAAUUCCUCGUUCUUGAGAGCGAACCUCCUCCGGACCAGUUUGGACUCCAUUCUAAGCCGACGGGCGACAAAGCGAUCAAGCGCAUUAUGCGUGAGCAUCGGAUACUAUCUACGACAUUGCCUGAAGGAGAAAUCUACGUUCGCACAUAUGAGAGCCGCCUUGAUCUGCUUCGCUGCCUGAUCAUCGGCCCAAGAGACACGCCUUAUGAAAACGCACCUUUUCUCAUAGACCUCUAUCUGCCCGAGGAAUUCCCUGAUCGACCUCCCACUGCACACUUUCACAGUUGGACCAGUGGGCUAGGCCGGAUCAACCCUAAUCUUUACGAAGAGGGAAAGAUAUGCUUGAGCUUGCUCGGAACAUGGUCUGGAAAAGAUGAGAGUGAGAAAUGGAGUGACAAGGCCACCAUCCUUCAACUACUGGUGUCAUUGCAGGGGCUGGUGUUUGUCAAGAGACCAUUCUACAACGAAGCCGGCUUCGAAGGAUAUGAGAAUGAUAGCAGGUAUACCCUGGAAGCUGAGCAGUACAGCGAGAAAGCAUUUGUGAUGGCUCGAGGGUUCAUCAAACACGCUCUAUGUCGACCACCUGGAGGGCUGAAAGACGUCUUGGCCUGGCUGUACUUACCGCAUGGCCCUUCGGAUCCCGCAAACAGUCUGCUGGGGACAGCUUUACAGCGUGGAAGGCAGCUUAUCCAAAAAUCCGAGGCAGCGAGGCUUGAGAAGGACACUGGAUUGCUGGAUUCAUCAGGUGACAAGGAUGAUCCAACUCGGGUGUUCCUUAGGCCAUUAAGCCGUGGAGCAAGUGUGAUGCUGAAACGAUUGGUCGAUGAAUUGCAGGAGCAGUUAGACCAGCUGUCGCAUAGCAACGGCGGGACUUCAGCAGAAGCAUAG